UAUGUUUUACUGGAUUACAAUGCUUUUGAAACUUUAUGUGUGUGUGUGUUUCUGUGUUAACUGGAAGGAAAGUCAUAGCUUAAGUUCACAGGGAACUUUUUUCUGUCUUUUCCUCCUCCUUCAAGGCUGUCCGUCUGGAUCAGCCUCUCAGACAGCACAGCUGUGCCACGCACUCACAUCCAUCCCAUCCCAUCCCAUCUCUCUCUCUCUCUCUCUCUCUCUCUCUCUCUCUCUCUCUCUCUCUCUCUCUGUCACCGUCUCCGGCCACUCUAUCAGUAGUGGUCCUCUCUGCUUUCGUGGGGGAGGCUGGAAUAUCUGGUUUCUGAACAAUGGAAACUCAAUCAGGAAAUGGACCCGAGGUGUUGAAAGGAGGAGAGGACGCACGUACGUCUCUCGUCCUGCGGCCCGCGGACGCUAAAGAGGACCUGGAGGAGAACAAGCACAUUGAGAAGUUUGACAUUCCACUAAGCAGCCUGAAGCAAAUGUUUGAAAAUCCUCCACCGCAACAUGUGGAAGUGAGAGGCUCAUGCUUGUCCAGCGGGAGAGUUACAGACACAUUUAUUGGUGCAGUGGAAGAGAUGUCGACUCUGGAUUCAAACUUUGGUGACUCUGCGAGCAGCGCAGGUGUUUCACCAUCAGGAGACACAAACGCUGAACUUGAAACUGUUCCUCUCAAGCAGAGACUGGCUCUGUACCAAGCUGCCAUUACUAAAGAAGAAAGAAGUCCGUCUGUGGUCAUGGACAGCUCUGAGCAGUGCUCUCUGCCCGGUGGACUGGCCAGCGUAAAGAAACAGUUUGAAAGCCAAGAGUUCAGCUCCUCCUCUGCUUCCCAAAGCACGGUUACACAAUUCCACUACCAGCAGAGACAGGAGGUGGUGAGCUCAUCAGAGGUGACAGUAAGAAGCAGUGUUAAAGAAAGCAGUUCGGGAAAUGCUCAGGUUUCUCUAGACCAGAAAGUUCAUCAGAGCGUGGCCUCCAGUUUUGGGGAUCAUUAUGAUGAAAAAGUAAUGGUGCUUGGAGAAGAGAAUUUGCCAAAUGUUUCCACUCAAGCUCUGAAACAGCAGCAUGAGAAAAGUAUUGAAGAGGCCAGUCCACCCAAACACAUCAAGAUUGAUGUUGAUUACAACCAGUUUCCAUGGGCCCCAGUAAAUGUGUCUUCAAAAAGCGCUGCCACAGGUAGCUAUGAGACGAUGGCCAUCACUAAAACAAAGCAAGAGGCCGCCUCCUCUUCUGUGGCUUCAUCCCAAUAUGAGUCAGUCGAGCAAUUCCAUCAGACAGAAUCUCCCAUGCAUCACUAUCAAGUUCCUUCUCAAGUUCCAGGACGAUGUCCUUCUCCAAAACCAACAGAUCAGUCUACUUCAGCUAAAUAUGCAGUCAACAAAGAAGAGUACUCCAAGCAGAGGAACCUCUACGAGCUCAAACGUCUCUACAAACACAUACACCCUGAAGUACGUAAAAACCUGGAGCGAGACUUCUUCACUGAGGUGACAGAAAGGGAGCACACCUACGUGGACAGUGAUGAAGAGGUGAGCAAAGACGUUCAGCAAGCACGCUAUGUUUUUGAGAACAGCGGCAGCAACAGUCCUGGCAAGUGCAUAAGCCCAGAGAGAGAGUAUCUGGAGUGGGAUGAAAUACUGAGAGGCGAGGUGCAGUCAAUGCGCUGGAUGUUUGAAAACAAACCGCUGGAUGCUAUUAAAGAUAGUACACCAGAUGAGGAUGAAGGGAAGAACAUUGCCCAACAAGAAAUAAUUGCUGGAAAAGAUGUGAAGUAUACCACGUGGAUGUUUGAAACGCAGCCCAUUGAUGCACUAGGGUCAGACAAAAUGGACUCGACAGAGUGCAGUGGAAAACAAGCAGAGCUAGCAAGAGGAGAUGUCCAGACUGCAGCGUGGCUGUUCGAGACGCAGCCUAUGGACUCACUCAAUAGAAUUUACCAAGAGGAUGAGCAAGACACAAAAGUGAUGUAUACUAAAGACAUUGCAGGGGCAGAUGUGAAAACUGCUAGGUACUUGUUUGAAACACAACACCUGGACUCACUCGGCCAUACUGAAACGUUUGAUGAAAGUCACUUCCUGCAACUAAAGUCAGAGCUUGAAGAGGUUAAAGGUGAGGUAAAGAAGACAACCAAGAUGUUCGAGACACACCCCAUGUGUGUUAUUCGUGGUGACUCCGGUGAAAUGCUAGAGAUUACCAAGGUGCGUCGUGAAGAGACUGAAAAAGGAGAUGUAAGGACGUCACGCUGGCUCUUUGAAACUCAACCUCUGGACCUGAUCAACCGAGAUCCAACCAAGGUGAAGUUAAUUUGUGGGGUCUCCAUAGAAGAAAACAGUCAGGGUGGGGUGAACAAGGGAAGAUGGCUGUUUGAGACAAGGACUCUUGAUCAAAUCAAAGAUGAAGAAUGGGAAAGCACAAAAACUCAAAGAGAGGAGAUCCUAGGUGCAGACGUGAGGAGACACUGCAUGACCUUCGAAACGCAGCCAAUGGAUAAACUUAAAGACGAUACCAAUGCAAGACCAGUGGAGCAGGAAGACAUUAUGGGUGGUGAUGUUACCUCUGCAAGGCACUUGUUCGAAACGGUGCCAAUGGAGAACCUGAAAGAGUUACUAGAAGUUGGUAAGCUAAAAAAGAUGACCGCAUCAGAGGAAGAGAAAGGCGAUGUGAGACACCAGAGGUGGUUGUUUGAAAGCAAACCUCUUGAGCAGAUUAGAGAUGAGAAGAAAGUGGUCACACGGACUGUUAACCUAGAGGAACUUGAAAAGGGUGAUGUCACAAAUUACAAGGAGAUAUUUGAGACCAUGGAUCUGAGCAAGUGUACAGACGCACAGAAGAUUCAGGUGGAGGGGGUCACUUGUGGGUCAGUGAACUCCAAUAAAGUCUUUUUUGAGUCAGCUCCAUUGUAUGCCGUACAGGACAGCUCAGGGCACUACCACGAGGUCAAGACUGUACGGAGAGAGGAAGUUGUCAAAGGCGAUGUGAGAAGCUGCAAAUGGAUGUUUGAAACCCGUCCUAUUGAUCAGUUUGAUGAAAGUAUUACUAAGUUCCAGAUAAUAAAGGGUAUAUCUAAAGAAGAAAUCCAGUCAGGUGACGUCAAAACUGCCAAAUGGCUUUUUGAAACCCAACCACUCGAUGGAAUGAAAUACUUCAGCAAUUUAGAAGAAGAGGACAACAGAAAAAAUGAAAGCAUUGAAAUCCAAAGGGGGGACGUCAAAACAUGUAGAUGGUUGUUCGAGACCCAGCCAAUGGAUGUGUUGUACGAAAAAGCAGAGGCGAAGACAGACAGCACCACAGACGUUCAAAAAGGAGACGUUAAAACAUGUACAUGGCUUUUUGAGACUCAGACUCUUGACAGCAUCAAGGAGGAAUCCGAGAAUAUCAUAAAAACCUGCACAGUAAAACAAGAAGAUGUACAGGGCAAGGAUGUACAUCUGGUCCGUUUUCUAUUUGAGACCGAAAACCUGGAAAACAUCACAGAUGAUGAGGAUCAUGGUGGCUUUAAGCGAAUCACUGAGAUUGAUGUUCAUUCUGGAGAUGUAUCAAGGAUGAAGUACAUCUUUGAGACGCAGUCAUCUGAUAUCAUGACCUCGACAUCAGAGGAGACCAUGCAGAAACUGAAAUCCCGUCAAGCAGAGGAGAUUCAGAAAGGAAAUGUGGUGAACUGUGCCUGGAUGUUUGAAAACCAGCCGAUUGAUUCCAUCAGAGAAAACCAAGAGGAAUCCAAAGAAGUACGCACAGUAACAGAUAUUCAGGGGGGUAAUGUCGAUAAAGGUCGCUUCAUUUUUGAGACAUACUCAUUGGACAAAGUUCAGCAGGAGGCAUCUGAUACCGAAAUCAGCCAAAUCCAGAGCAUCAUGCACAAUGAGAUCGAGAAAGGGGAUGUGAAAAACUACACCAUGAUGUUUGAAACUCAACCACUGUAUGCUAUCAGGGACAAAGAAGGACAUUAUCAUGAAGUCACUACAGUCACAAAAGAAGAGGUUUUAAGAGGGGAUGUGGUUGGGGCAAGAUGGUUAUUUGAAACAAAGCCUCUUGACUCUAUAAGUAAAACAGAUGAGGUUUAUGUCAUCAAAGCUGUCACUGAGGAAGACGUCCAAAAGGGAGAUGUCAGUACAGCCAGGUGGAGGUUUGAGACUCAACCUCUAGAUGAGAUUAUGGAGGAUAUGAAGGUCACCGUCAAGACGAUUGAAGACAUCCAAGGAGGAGAUGUGAAAACAAACACGCAGCGUUUCGAAAUGGACAACCUGUCAAAGAAAUGUGUGAGAACUGUGAGUGUAAGUGAGAUUCAGAGGGGAGACGUAAGAAGUGCUACAUGGAUGUUUGAAACUCACACCAUUGACAAGAUCCGUGCUGAAAGUUCAGAGUAUGAUGAGAUGGAGAAGGUGACUCAUGAGGAAGUGAUAAAAGGAGAUGUUAAGCAGUCUGUGUGGCUCUUUGAAAAAGAACCACUUGAUCGUAUCAAAGAAGUGGAUGGAACAGAGACUGUCAUUUCUCGUGAAGAAAUCCCAAGAGCAGAUGUGAAGACCACAACAUGGUUGUUUGAAACCACACCCCUAACCGAGUUCAACGAGGGCAGUGUGGAGAAAACUGAGAUCAUGGGUAAGAGCAUCAAGACAACCUUAGAAGAGCUUUAUUCUCAGAAAAUGGUUGACUCACAGGGUAUUCUGAUUGAGGCUGAUGAGAUUGGAGAUGUCCGAAUGGCUAAAUACAAACUUCUAAACCAAGAGGCCCCAGAGAUCCAAAAAGAAGAGGUCAUACACGGGGACUUGAACAGUAUUAUGAUGAACCUGCUCAACAGACGUGAGACAACAGAAAGGGGAAUCACCAUAGAUAUGGAGGAAAGAGGCAACAUCAACUCAACUCUCCAACUGCUCUUUAACCAACACAGAAGUUGUGAUGUGGAAGAAAAGGAUAUCAUAAGAGGAGAUAUUCAAGAGGCUCUUAAUAACUUGCUGAAGCAGGAAGGAUCUGCCAAACGUGGCAUUCUGAUUCAAGAAGAUGAGAAAGGAGAUGUGAGAAUGACCAUAUACUCACUCCUAAACAAAGAAAGUGACAGCAUUGUUGAGAAAGAGGACAUAAUCAAAGGAAAUAUCCGUGGAACAUUACAUAGGUUGCUUGGUAGUUCUGGUAAAGACCAGUCCUCUAAGAUAACCGUGGGGGAAACCGAACGAGGAAAUGUCAGUUUUUAUUCUACAUGCAUUGAGUCUGGGGCAUUGGACUACGUCAGGCAACUUCAGGUGGGGGCUGAUGAGAUGAAGGAAACAAUGAAAGAAAUCAUUAUUGGAGGUGAUGUAGAACAAACAAAACAGAUUCUGAGAAGGAGCCAACAGACAAUUGGACGAACUGUCGCUGAAGAUGACAUUGUUCCAGGUGAUGUUCAUAACACAGUUCAGGUGUUUAUGAUGGAGCCUGUACUUUCCCUGCAUAAUGUACAUAAAGAGGAGAUAGUAAAAGGAGACUUGAGAACAGCCCUUGACUCUCUCUCACAAGCUGUAAACCAACAUGUUGUGAUGGAAAAAGAGGAGGUAGUCAAAGGAGACAUCAGCACAACUCUUAAGUUUCUUGAGGAGGCUCAAAACCAACUAAAAGAAAUUGAAAAACCAGAAAUUGUUCCUGGGGACAUUAGGGGUGCAUUAGAAUCCCUUGAAAAAUCAGGAUACACAAAAACGGAGGUCAAUAUUGAAGAUUUAGUCCCUGGUGACAUCAAAGGAACCUUGAAAUCUCUUGAAGAGGCGAAGCAAACAGUAAAAGAGGUGGAGAAGGAGGAGAUUGUUAAAGGUGACAUUCAGACAGCUCUGCUUAGUCUUCAAGAGGCUUCAAUUGAAAAGAAGGUCUUCCAGCAUCAAGUAAGUGAACAGGGUGAUGUCAAAGGUACAAUUCAGCUCUUACUCGAGCCUGCCUCAUCUCCGCGUAUGCAAAGGAGGCCAAGCGCAGAGGGUGACAUAAAAUCCUCCAUCAAAUGCCUCUAUGAGCAGGAGCAAAUACAAAUUGACAAAGAAGAGGUGGUGAAGGGAGAUGUUCAGGGUACCAUUAAAUACUUAAUGAAGAAGAAAGAUCAAUCGAACCAUAAAACAAAAACAAAUCCUCAUAAGAAAGCCAAAGUUAAGAAUCCAGUACUUCCUCAACAAGCAGCCCGUGAAUGCCCGGCUAAACCGAAUGCUGAGGAAAAGCCAUCAAAUCCGCCUCCAGUGAAAAACAUGCCACAGAGCACCAUGCAGAAAACAUUAGAGGUUAGCUCCUCUGAACGUCAGUCUUCUUCUGAAGAGCAUCAUUGUGCUACUAAACAGAUGACUACAACGGGUCACUCUGAAUCUUCUCAAGUCUCUCAAGAAAUGAAUGUAAAAGAGCAACACAUCAAACAAAAACACGUCACUCCCAGCCCAGUGCUUAUAAAGAAGAAGAAUGUUGGAGGCCAGAUUGAGAAGAAAUCAGAAAGCGCAGCUGUGUCUUCAGCAAUGUGUGCAUCGAAGAAGGUAUCACAAGCUACUACUAGCAUGAAACAAACACAGGAGACAAAUACAGUCACACAGGUUCAAACAACUAUAACAAAACAACACACCAGCGUAACCCAAAAGCAAAACGUCCAGAAUGUAAAAUCAGAGCAAAAUGUUAAGAGUGUGAACCGUAAUCUAAUUCCCAAAGGAAUGAUAAAAAAAGCAAAGCCUCAGCCAGAGAUUCACUUUCCACCUCCUCCAGCCUCUCCUCCACCUCCAUCUGAAUCAGAGCUCUCUCUUCCUCCUCCUCCAUCCCCAGUGGCUGAAAGUGACGCCCAGCCAGCCCUCUUACCACGGCCUCAACUGGUCAUGAGACAGGACAGUGACCUUCCCCCUCCACCACCUCCACCCCCUAUCCUAGAGGCAGACACUGAAUUCUUUCCACCACCUCCACCGCCCCAAGACCUCCUCCCACCUCCACCAUCCCAACAAGAACUCAGUUCGGUCACUCAGCCUGGAAAGCCAAAAGGCCGACCUUUAUUCAAGAUACCCAAACCAGGGCCUCCCAAACAACCAGAGCCACCCAAACAAUCAGAGCCGGCAAAAUUCAAAUGGCAGAAAAAGCAAACUCUACCUCCACCACCACCAUCACCUCCUGCUCCUCCAUCAGUGGUAGAACAGAGUGAAAGAGCCUCUUUUAAAACAGUCACUGAAACUACAGAGAACAUUAGCAAGCAAAAGGCACUGGAAAAAAUUAUUGAGCCUCCACUGCCUAAAUUUACUAAACCGUCAUCAAUGAUACCUUUGCCACAACCAGUAACUGAGGAACCACCACGCCCUAAAAAGGUAUUCGUACCACCCAUAAAACUCCCACCACCUCCUGACCCUGUGGCACCAAAACCAAGACCUCAUGCAAGUAAAUUUAAAACACCACUCAUGAUGGCAGAGGAAAGAUACCGCAAACAAAGAGAGGAAGCAGAAAAUAGUAAAGGGGCGUGUACUCCUACCUCACCUCCGCCUACAACAUCUUUCAAAGUCAUUGAAAUGAAGGCUGAAGUAGAGUCAAGCACACAGAAAGUUGAGCAGUCUCGUGCUACUGUUGAAACACAGCAAGAACCACCUAACACACCUGAGCCUCAUCAGAAGCCAGCAGUGCUGUCAAAAGAUACAGCAGAAAAGGUUGCUCCCUCCAAAAGUCCUCAGCCUCCCCCAAAGAAAAUGCCACCUGUAGAUAAGCAAAUAAGCAGACCUACAUUUCUGAAACUUGGUAAGAAAACAACCACUGAAUCAUCGAGUAUUGGCUCAAAUAAGAAAGAGGAAUCGUCUGUAGCUUCCUUACAAAUUAAAACCCAUCCAGCCCCUGCUCCUGAGAAGGAUGUAAGUAUAAAAGCUCACUCUAUACAGUGUGAUGUCGUCCAGGCUAAAGAAAGUCAGGUUACUGUUUCUGCUAAAACACAACAAAUCAAGAGCACGGAGAGCUGUGUGGCGCAAGAAGUCAAGAAAGUUCCCACUCAACCCACAAAGAUCCCAAAAGUGACCCCUAGCUUUAAGGUAAAAACUUUUAAGAUGUCUCAUGAGGAGCAGGGGAAGGACACAGUUCAGAGUGAGCAUACUGUCACAGAGGCAGGAACACAUGAUAUCUCUCAGCAAAAAUCUACCAGUGCUGUGGAAAAGACUGAAGUAAGAGUUGAGAAAAUGGAAGAAGUCAGACAAACCAAACAAGAUACCAAAAUGGAGGUCCAACUGAAAAAACAAAGACAAGCGACAAUAAAGGAGCCACCACCUGCGGCACCAAAACCAUCAGUUGAGAUGCAUUCAGUUCAACCAUCUCUGUCUAUGGAGGAACAUCAUGGACAAGAGCAGAUGACAGUCAUUAAAUCCCAUCAAAGAGAGGAACAUGUCCAGAUUCAUGAAGAAAGGACGGUCAGUCAGAGCACAGUUCAACACCAGAGCACUCAACAAAAAGGUAAAUUCCAGUUCAAGAAGCAGGUGAAGCCUCCACCACGGCCCCCAAGCAGAGAGGAAGCCAUAAAACAGUCAAUACAGUCAAAAGAACAUGACAAAACAGAAGUUACAGAAUCAAAAGUAUCCAGCAAUAGCGUAACAGUAACUGAAAGCUGUCACUCACAGAAAUCUGAAGAGAUUCACAAGUUGUUGAGUUAUAUCAAAGAGUUGCAAGGAUCCACUGGUAAAAUGAACCCAAAAACAGUGCAGACAAUGGUAAGUAUGAUUCCUGACUGGCUGGUUGGUCCUGAGGAGAAAUCUCAUAUGAACCGCACUCAGUACAACAAGCAGACAAUGAGAGAGGUCCUUGCCCGUGUGGAGAAGCUUGCUCAGGCUAAACAGGUUUUUUUAGAGGAACAUUCGUCUGUUUCUGAGAUGCCGAAGAUUGAACCAACACAGGAAAAAAAAAAUGUUGGUGGUGCCACACAAAAGAUAUCUAAAAUCACUAUUGGCUCAGCAAAAAUAUUGACUCAGAAGAUAGUAACUGAGGAGAAGACAGAAAAGCAGAGCGUUUCAAAGUCUACAGAGCUUAAAAUUCCACCCGAGCUGAGAAUGCGCACACCGUCACCAACAUUCAUCUGCAUUGAGUCAGCCAAGAGGACAGACUCUCCGUUCAGAGUGACUCCAUCUCCCCCACUCUCCCACAGGUCAUUCAACACUGCAACCCCUCCACCUCGUCGGUCAGAUACACCGACACGCCUCUAUCAAUCCACACCUUCCCCCACAAUGAGUCGAUCUGAGAAGCUGGCAAAACUACGAGACACAACAGCCAAACUUUCUCAAGGCAUGACCCCGCCGCCCAUGCCUUUGCCUGAGCACGUGAUGAAGGCUCAGACGGACUUUGAAGGGUCUCGUUCAUCCAGUCGUUCAGAGAUUAACAUUGAUACUCAGAUGGAAUCAGAUCUCAUGGAUGUCACAGAAAUUCACGGGGACUCCAUGUGGACAGUUAAAGACAAGCGUGAAUUCUUUGAGGAAGCUCAGAAAGCGGAGGUAAACCGCAUGUAUAUACGCAAGGAUCCAAUUGACAUCCCAGAGCGUCUUGGAGCAGAUGCGGAUGGGAGUGAGCUAGAGAUCCAGAGGACCGUAGAUUCUCAUGAGAGGAUGUUUGAGGAACUGCCCAAAGUUGACCUGUCCAGGCUUGUCAACAAGUUUGAGUCUCCCCAGCCUAAGGUUUAUGUUCGGAGGGACCCUGUUGUUAUUCCAGAAAGACUUGAAAGUGACACGGAAGAUGCAGAGACUGAGAAAAAGCCAACCGUGGUGGAGGAUAUACCUAGCUUUGAUAUUAAGGCCCUCAAAAACGUCUUUGAAAUGGGUGAGCAAGCACACCAGUACCUGAGGGAGGAGAAAAAGAAUCUUGAAAGUCAAGAAGAAUCUGUUGCACCAACAGGCUUGUCUGAAACUAGAUCUGUAACGGAGCACUUCUCUACUGUUGAUGAGUUUGGAAACACCGUAACGGGCUCAAAGAGCGAGAUGACCUCCCACUCUCACAAUGUGACAACCCGUGGGGAUCCGCCAACCUACGCAGAUGUCGUGAGAGGGCAAUUUCCAGGCCUGGACGUUCCUGCUGAGGCGUCUGCAGAAGAUUUACUCAAGAGCUUCCAGCAGACAUGGGCGGAGAGUGAAAAUGUUUUCAAGAACUUGGGUUUCAGUGUGUCUGAAGAGCACAGAUCACAGACGGUUUCACAUCAUCAUCAGACUGUUGUAACCGAAAAUACGGGUGCCAGAGUCCGAACUGUGUCGGGUAUGUCGGAUGAGGGUGUACCCCAUGGAGUCUCUCAUAGCCGACAAGCAAAACUUCCAUAAAAGCUGUUUUAGAUGUGCCCACUGCAGCAGCAAGCUAAGCCUUGGAACCUACGCUUCUCUCCAUGGACGAAUGUACUGCAAGCCACACUACAAACAACUUUUCAAGUCUAAAGGCAACUAUGAUGAAGGGUUUGGAGAAAGACCCCACAAGGAACUUUGGUCGACAAAGAAAUAUGACA